CACAAGAUGGCGGCGCCGGUGGCCCGCUGGAGGCCGCGGGCUGUGGCUGGUUGUUAAGUUGUGGUGCGGGACAGGGAACCACACAGGCCUCGCUCAGGUGACAGGUGGUUGGGGCAGUGCCGCCGACCCCGUUGGGGUGCAUGGCCUGCUCUCUGCUGUCCCAUGUUUAUACCGCCCCCCAAACCCUGUCCCGGGGCGGAACUAAAGAAAGGUCAGGUCAGGCUGCCCAGCCUAUCUUCGUCCUGGGGCGGUCCCCGUGAGUGGCUCCCUUUUAGAAUUGACUUUAGCCACGUGUCACUUCCAUGGCUGCGUUGCAGGCCCCGGGGGAGAAGAUUAAUAUCCAGGCAGGAGAGACGACCAAGGUCGGGGACAGGGACCCCCUGGGGGACGACUGGCCCGAGCAGGACAGCCUUCCACCGCGUUCCUGGAGACAGAAGUGCGCCUCUUAUGUGUUGGCCCUGAGGCCCUGGAGCUUCAGUGCCUCACUCACCCCUGUGGCCCUGGGCAGUGCCUUGGCCUACAGAUCCCAGGGUAUCCUGGAUCCCAGGCUCUUGGUGGGCUGCGCAGUGGCUGUCCUGGCUGUGCACGGGGCCGGCAAUUUGGUCAACACUUACUAUGACUUUUCCAAGGGCAUUGACCACAAAAAGAGUGACGACAGGACUCUGGUGGAUCGAAUCUUGGAGCCCCAGGAUGUUGUUCGGUUUGGAGUCUUCCUCUACACCCUGGGUUGUGUCUGUGCCGCUUGCCUCUACUGCCUGUCCACUCUGAAACUGGAGCACUUGGCUCUCAUCUACUUUGGAGGCCUGUCGAGCUCUUUUCUCUACACGGGAGGAAUUGGAUUCAAGUAUGUGGCACUGGGAGACCUCAUCAUCCUUAUCACUUUCGGCCCCCUGGCUGUGAUGUUCGCCUACGCUGUCCAGGUGGGGUCCUUGGCCAUCUUCCCUCUAGUCUAUGCCAUCCCUCUGGCCCUCAGCACGGAGGCCAUUCUCCAUUCCAACAACACCAGGGACAUGGAGUCUGACCAGGAGGCCGGCAUUGUCACUCUGGCCAUCCUCAUCGGGCCCACCCUCUCCUACGUGCUCUACACCACGCUGCUCUUUCUGCCCUACCUGAUCUUCAGCAUCCUGGCCACGCACUGCAGCAUCAGCCUGGCGCUGCCCCUGCUCACCAUCCCUGUGGCCUUCUCCCUUGAGAGGCAGUUCCGCAGCCAGGCUUUCAACAAGCUACCCCAGAGGACAGCCAAGCUCAACCUCCUUCUGGGGCUUUUCUACGUCUUUGGCAUCAUCCUGGCACCGGCAGGCAGUCUGCCCAGACUCUGAGGCGACUGUUAGCUUCCUCCACAGCACAGCCCCUCCUUAGGAUGUGCAGAAGCCAGAGACUGAGAAGGGGUGCAGCUGGCCAGGGUGGGUGCCCAGCAUGGGCUGCCAGCUCCCACCCUUGUGUGUUAGGAUUAUCUUCGUCAGGAUAAUCUGUUGUGGUUUGUUUGCCAUGUUAUGGGGAGCCCUGAAACCACUCUAGUGUCCGAGGAUGAAUUGAACAUACUGUCCUGCUGUUGUUUAUAAUCCCCACUAGAGGGCGUUGUCAGGCCACUUUAGGAUGGGAGGCCCAUCUUGCUUGUUCUGAACAGAAUGCCCUAACAAUUCAUGAAGGAUCUGUGUCCCAGAAGAUCCGCAGUGACAAAGCACAGUACUGCCCUGUUACCUUGGCACACAGGAAAUGGUAAUAAUUGGUGCCAGGUCCCAUUAACAUGGAACACCUGUCCCCUGAAUGUGCUGCUUGCUAGAGAGAAAGCCCCUCAUUAACAACCAUGUGGCUCCCGGCUUUUUGCCUAGGUGGUGGGUGCUUUCGACAUUUCUGUCCUUCAUCUCUCCUUUCACUCAACGCCACUGGUGAGGAAAAUGCCAGCUCACCCUGCAGCAAGACAGUCAAGCCUGGGGCGGCUGAGGAAAGCCCUCUGCUUUCAGUAAAACUCGUCAGGGUGGGGGUGGGGGCUGCUUCCCUCUGUAGAAUCCACUAGGAUGGGGCUGGAGAGAUGGCUCAGUGGUUAAGAGCAUUGCCUGCUCUUCCAAAGGUCCUGAGUUCAAUUCCCAGCAACCACAUGGUGGCUCACAACAUCUUUAAGGAGGUCUGGUGCCCUCUUCUGGCCUGCAGACAGAAUAUUGUAUACACAAUAAAUAAAUAUUUAAAAAAAAAAAAAAAGAAUCCACUAGGACCCGAAGUGGUAGUGGGAUGCACAUUUAAAGCCCACAGGCCGGUCUCCUCCCGGUUGUCUCCCCUGGUACCUCUCUUUCUCCCCUGCAUCUCUGUCUGUCUUUCCAUCUGUUUCCAAGUCCCCAGACUGAGGGCAACAGUAACACAUGAGUCAGGGACAUUUGUCCCCAUCCACAGAGCCUCAGGAGCCUGUUGAACGUACAAGCCAAUGGAUAGCAGUCCUGGCCCCACUCACCAGAGUGGGAAGCCUGGCCAGUGAAAGAACUAUGAAAUAUGGGCCCCUCCUCUCCCUGACCUGUCGCCAUGCUCAGACGGGGUGGUUUCAGUGAGGUCUCAUCCGAGGGACCAGUGGUGUCUCACCCCCUCCUCUUGGACACUUGGAGCGUAAUGUCUGCACUGAGGUUGCCCUCUCACACUGAGAUGAUCACGUCCUCAUUGUGAUCAGUUGUCCUGGAGGGCACUGCAGCUUAGCCUGCAGAAAAUGACCUUGAGUUAGCACUGGGUCACUUCCUUAGGAAAAAAUAUGUUUAAAAGUUGCCCUGAGUUCCUUUGUAGUCAGGAUGGUUUGUCUAAAAGAGAACCGGUGUCUGUCCCUGAGCUUGGAAGAAAUCCAGAAAUCUUAGACAGGGGCGCUCCUUUCCUGUUCUUCCCAGCAUGCCAGGUUUGUGGCAUUUGGUGCCUUUGAGGGCCUUGCCUUUGGAGAAGCACCUAGGACCCCUGCUGGGAGCUGACCAGUCACCCGCAGGACCAGUUAUAGUAAGGAGCAGCAGGGCUGCGUCCCGCCACCUGGUUGCCUGUACGGCUAGCUUUACCCGAAAUAAUUAUACGGAAACUAUUUUUUUGAACACUGUCUGGCCCAUUAGUUUUAGCCUUUUA